ACUGAAAACCACGUAAAAGAGAACUCGAACCGCUUAUAAGUGAAACCCAUCGUCCAUCACAUUUCUCGUACGACAAGACCCAUAACCCAAACACUUUCAAGCAGCCAUGGCCGAUCACAAGCUUCCCAUUCUCGUAAUGGUACUCGUUCAGCUCUUCCAAAUUCAGCUGGCUCGGUCCGAGAACCGGUAUUUUCCCUCCCUCUAUAUCCAGGCGGGUUUGCUCUUUGUAUUCGCUAUCUUCUGUGUAUGUUGGAGCAAACGGUCCAAGCCGGUUUAUCUCGUCGAUUUCUCAUGUUUCAAACCCGGAGACGAUUGCAAGAUCUCAUCAGAAACGUUCUUUAACAUGGCCAAAGCCUCUGGCUUGUACUCCGACGAGACGAUUCAGUUCAUGACCCGGAUACUGAACCGAUCCGGUUUAGGAGACGACACGUACGCACCUCGAUGCAUGUUGACGUCGCCGCCGAGACCAAGCAUGGCCGAGGCGAGGUACGAGGCCGAGUCAGUCGUAUUUGGAGCUAUCAACUCGCUCUUCAGGAAAACCGGAGUUAAACCGGAAGACAUCGGGAUCUUCAUCGUGAACUGCAGCUUGUUUAACCCUAACCCAUCUCUCUCCGCCAUGAUCGUGAAUCGGUACAAUCUCAGAAGCAACAUCAAAACCUACAAUCUCUCCGGUAUGGGCUGCAGUGCCGGUGCGAUCUCAAUAGACCUCUCGAAAAAUCUUCUCAGAGCAAACCCUAACACGUACGCGCUCGUCGUGAGCACCGAGAACAUGACGCUAAGCAUGUACCGUGGCAACGAUCGGUCCAUGUUAGUCCCGAACUGUCUUUUUCGUGUCGGAGGCGCCGCCAUUCUUCUCUCGAACCGGAGCCAAGACCGUUCACGGUCCAAGUACGAGCUAGAUCACCUCGUACGGGUCCACAAAGGAGCCGGCGACAUACCCUACACGUGCGCUUACCAGAGGGAGGACGAAAAAGGUAUUCUCGGUGUAUCGAUCGUCAAAGAACUCACCUUUGUUGCCGGAGACGCGUUGAAGACGAACUUAACCUCACUCGGUCCACUCGUUCUUCCAUUAUUGGAAAAGCUCCGGUUUAUCGAAUCUUUCUUGAAGAGGAAGAUUUUCAGGUCAAGGGUCGAAGUUUACGUCCCCAAUUUCAAGAGAUGUUUUGAGCAUUUCUGCAUUCACGCGGGAGGGAGAGCAUUGUUGGACGCCGUCCAGAAGGGACUCGGACUCAGUGAGUGGGACCUGGAGCCGUCUCGAAUGACGUUGCACCGAUUCGGUAACACGUCGAGCUCGUCUCUGUGGUACGAGUUCGCUUACACGGAGGCGAAGGGUCGAGUCGGACGGGGUGAUCGGGUCUGGCAGUUGGCGUUUGGGUCGGGUUUCAAAUGUAACAGUAUUGUGUGGCGAGCGCUGCGGACGAUUCCGGCGGAUGAGUCGUCACUCGGUAACCCGUGGGUUGACUCGGUCCACAAGUAUCCGGUACAGGUGCCUUGAUUAGAUAUUUCCACGUGGAGGAAUAAUAGACGUUGAGAUCUGUCGAUGAUGACGUGGAUAUCGAGGUCUUGUCAUAAAUGCAUUGAGAAAAUUGUCCUUUUCCAUCUCGUAUCCUCACAAAAAAAUAUUAAUAUGUACUUUUUUUGUUAAGAAUUUA